CAUUUAGGGCAUCCGGCCAACAAGAACCGAACCGCGCUUGCUUUCCUUAUGUCAUUGGGCGUCACCAACUUGUUGACAUAUUACGAGAUAAUACCCCAUCUCCAAAGCAUAGCGUGCCAUAACUAAACCCCUUCGCAUCCCGAUUCACGCGCCCGCUCUCCCAACCUUCUCCAAUCACCAAUCUAACACUUGUUCGCCCCUCUCAAGUAGGAGGCAAAUCGCAAAGGAGUCACUGAAGAAAUCGGGGGCCACACAAUGUCCAGGGACAGAGGCGCAAUGACACAAAGACUCCAGACUGGAGGAACCAAUAGCCCCGGCACAAUGGCGCAGGUGGAGACGACAGUCCGACACCAACAGGGUCGGAUAACAGGUCGGCUGAGGUUAAGGGCUGAGGCGAACACGGAGGUGGAAACAGAAUCGGAGACGGGGACGGGUCAGGCUAGUAGGAGGGGUAUACGCUGGGCGGAGGAUGUGGUUGACAAUGAGGAGCUGGGGAGGAAGAGUUCAAAGGUCUGCUGCAUCUUCCACAAAGCCCGCCCCGUAGGCGAAAGCAGCUCCGAAUCCUCGUCAGACUCCUCUUCAGACUCCAGCGACAGUGACAGCGACGUCGACACCGGCGAAGCCAGAAUGGCCAACGGCCGUGUUCCUGCUAACCGCAUGCAUCGUCACCGGUACAAGUGCCAUAAUCACAGCAACUCUCAGCACGACGGGCCUGCAGAACAGAAAGGAGGUGACGACGGCGAUGGAGGAAGCGGCAGCGACAGCUGUUGCGAUAGCGGUAGUGGUGAUGCGAGCAAGCGCAGGCGGAUACGGAUACAUCGUCAGCGUCGUCGCCCACGACCAAAUGCGUAUGAGCGCAUGCCGAAGAGUAGCUCUAAGAAAAAAGAAUGAAUAAUGGCCGCCAACUGAAGGGAGGGCCAGAGAGCUAAGCGAUAAGGAUUUGGGGUGGGGGGGGGGGGUUAUACUCUAAGAAGAUAGAUUAAUAAAUAGCCUCCUAUCCACCGACCAGUCACAUAUUCUUCUUAUCCGCCCCACCACGAUUGACCAGUGGAUCCGUCUGGGCUUUCACAUCUCUUUAUUCUUUUUCCGGAAUGAAUUACGAUAUGCGUUGAGGAUAUUUUGGGCGGGCGAUCACGCGCACAUGCAGGCAUACAAGCAACAAGCAUUGGGAAAAUGGCGUUUUUGCGAUUUUGACUGGGAGCAAAUAUCUCCUCGUCUCCCCGCCCUUUCCAUUCGUCUUUGAGGUUUUUGUUCAUAGAAAAAGACCUUCCUUGGUGUUACCAAGGCGCAAGCGCAUGACACAGCACAUAGGUAAUACAUAGAGUCUGUUGAAAAUACCAAUAUCUAUGCCAGUCUGAUGAAAGGCAGAACUCGUCAAUGAUUCUCUUUCUUUUUCCUCUGGCAUAAUGACACGUUGGAUGGUUCUUGCGUGCUCGUUCCCGACAAACAAUUUCUUAUCGGGAUUCACCUACUUUUCCAUUUUUGCCUUGACCUCCCCUUCCAACUUUCAAGGGAGAGGUGCUCAUGAAAAAGGCGAAGGAAAAGGGGGAGAAAUACUUAAAAAGAUUCAAUUAACAAAAUGAACAGUACAAGGCUGGCUGUAAUGGGUAUUAUAAACUCUAUAGGAACAAAAACCAACAGAAAAAGGCCCGUCCCCGAACUGCCUUCCCCUUCCCCAAAUAGAGAAGAAAUCAAAAAGGAAUCCUAUAUAAUCGUCAUGUAACAGUACGCUUCACAACAUCAUACUCCGCCGCCUCGAUGUGGCCAGUCGCUGCACCCUCCUAACCUCAGACGCGUCUUCCUGCGCUUCAAGAAAAGCGUCAUAGUCGAAUUCCGAAACGACCUUUGUGGCUCUUGGAUUGGACGAAGAGAUCGAAGAGGAAGAAGCAUGCUGGUGGUAAUCGUUACCCAGUUUGCUAUUCACAUUGAGCCUUGCCGAUUCCAAGACAGCCUGGACAUUCACGGCGUUUUCCUUUGCAAGGAGAGCAGAACUUUUGCUUCUACGUGACCUUGAGUUUGUUCCACCUGUAGUCGGAUUGGAGGAGUGUCUUCGAGAAGAACGAGUGGAACCAUUACCAGCACCAACACCUUGUUCAUAGUCGACGGAGCUUUCAGCAGUGUCUCUUUCUCGAUGACUUCGCCUUUUACUUCCUGCCAUAAGAGUUGAUAUAGCCACACUUGACGUCGACUGGCCCGUUGCUGGAACAGUUACAAAAUCGAAUUUAGUUAUGGAGAGUGUCCGGCGUUUCCUGUCGGCCGUGACAUUAGAGGGCAACUCCGUCAUCAAAUUUUGAUCUUUCCCUUCUAGAGAAGUCGCGCAUGAGUCAUUAUAGGCCAUUGAAGAUACGUCGAAAUUAUGGCUGCUUUCUUCACUGCACCUUGCCUUGGCCAUGUCGAGAUGAGACUUCGAGGAUCGUCUGAAGCGAACAUCACCGCUAACAGCAUCUACAAGUUCCUUGGUAGGUCGCCGCAUUUUAUCCCUAAGAUUUGGCUCCGCGUAGCUUAUAGAACCUCGGGAUCUGCGGGGUGGACGGGUCGUCCCAGCCGUGGGUAAGGGUGGCGUAUCUCUGGCUUCUCGAAGAGUUUCCAAAGUGUAUGUUGAAGCCUGUUCAGUGUCCCUGUUUUCCUCGACAGGGCCCCGUUCCUGCGCUAGAUCAAUAUCCACAACGCCCUGUUUCGUUUGCUCAGUAGUAGGAACGUGAACUGUUCGCAUUGAUUUGUCAAUGGCAUUGUGGCUUCUAUUCUUUGGUGGUUUAGGGUUAGGCUUUGGGAUCUCCUUUUCCCAACCCCCAGCGCCUGGAUUCUUUUUGGUAGGCGAGGAGGAUCUUUGCUUGAUAUUUGUACUUUCUAUGAAUCAACGCAUUAGUCAAAUUCUAGAAACAGAGGGCAGAGAUGGUACAUACUAGGCCCUAGGGCAGGCCGAACAGUAGUUCUUUCCACUCGCUGGCUUUCUGCCUUGUCCGCGUUGACUUUUGUUGGUGUCCCUUCAGGCUCUACGUCGGGAUUUCUUGAGGUAUAGGUAGAUAACCCGGCUAAUCGAGUGUAUUGGAAAUCGUCAUGGUCAUUUAAGUCUUGUGACAUCAAGUCUUCGUCGUCAUCCCGUACACUAAGCUUGCGUUUGGAUCCAGAUUUUGAAAUAUGUAUCGGCACAAAUUCUUGCUCCUUGCUUUCCAUUGCUUUGCUCCGGGGCGUACGAUUUAGCAACGAACUAUCCCUCUUCCUUCUCCUUGCCCCCAAGUUCGAAAUGGACGGUGAGGGCUGAAUUAUAUUUUCGUUGGCUCCAAAAAUCAUUGCAGGCUCUUCAUCUGCGGAGGAGUCCACCGUGUUCGGGAUUGUUAGAACUGGCGUGGAAAUUAUCUCAGGCGAAUCGUUUUCUCCUCCCUCACUGCCUGCUAGAUCGGCAAAAUCCUCAUUUCUGCACAUUGUAUUAGCAUAACCAUACCAAAAGAAAGUGUCAAUAACAUAGUAAAUCCUUACUCUAGCGUUAAUCUGGGGUAAAAUUUGUCUUCCACAAUAGCGGGAAGCCGACCCUCAUCCGUCACCUGUCGAGCAGCCUUCAUUAGAGAUCUCCGACGAGCCGCUUCCGGAGAAAUUUGGAAUUCUCCACCAAUGGAUCUUUGCCGUGACUUCCCAGCCAGACCUCUUCUCUGAGGUAAUGAGCCCAAGUCUGCAAUCAAGCUUCCAAAUUCAGCCAGCUUUGCAUCCAGUUUCGAUUUUAGGUUAUCGAUUUCACAACCCAAUUGUCCAUCAUGCUUGAACUUUUCAAGUUCUUGAUUUGUAGCGAUGACCUCCUCACGAAGGGAAGCAUUUUCCGUAAGAAGGCGAGAGACUUCGGAUUCUAGAGUGCGUAUACGGAGAGAUUGCAUAGAGUUCGCACGCGCAAUUUCGCGAUUUUGCCGUAUGAACCGACGUUUUACUAGCAAAGGAUCCCAAGUUAGCAGAGGCUCUCUGGGUGCACAUUAACCUAGGAAAUUCAGCAUACAAGAUUCGACUGAUUCCGCAGCAACGGGGAUAUCAUUCAACCUCGCCAUAGCGGCAAGCUACAAAGGGUCAAUCGUCGAGUCAAAACUGGUAUGACAGGGGUGGAACAGGAAGAUGGUUGGGACAUUAAUUAUAAGGUCUUGUUAGUUAAACAGAUAAUAAUAAGCUUUGUGAAGUUCUUCUCCCA